AUGCCGUGUUACUUUCCGUGUAACCUCAUUAAACGUCUUCCUGGUGAAACGCUUCAAGUAGGCCAGUCAUUUGGGGCCCCAGCAGCUUCUCGGAAGAGGCCAAGUUGGCAAGAGUCAGGUGGAGAAGGAGGAGCAAACACGAACAAUGAACUCAGGGUUGUGUUUUUAAUAGUAAAGUAUUAUGGGUCUCCCACUUCUGAGCAACAAAAUAACAGACGCAGUGGGAGUCCAAUGAGCGUUAAUGCCACUAUUGUUAACAUCAUGAAUGGUGUGGGGCCUUUUCCUACCCAGGCUCCACCUUCAGGAACAAAGGAAAGGAACACGGAGGUUCUGCUAUUAUCCAAAUUGGCCUCUGGCACCCACUCUGGGAAGCGGCUGGGGCAGCUGCUCUUUUUCAGUUCUCUAAACCAGUUAUUCGAGUUUCUAGGCGAUUCCCUCCCCACUUCAGUUCGGUCCCGGUACGGUGGCCGAAGAGGCUCGUGUGAGGCGGAAGUGCCGGCGUGUGGCCCUGAGGUGCACGUGGCGCGGGUAGGAGCGAGCGUGUCUUUUCCAGGCGGAGGUCGCGGAGGAUUUAAUCGAGGUGGCGGCUUCGGUCGCGGCGGCAGCAGCAACAACCACUUCCGAGGUGGAGGCGGCGGCAAUUUCAGAGGCGGCGGCAGCGGCAGAGGCGGAUUGGGACGCGGGGGCGGCCGCGGAGGCUUUAACAAAGGCCAAGAUCAAGGACCUCCAGAACAAGUAGUUUUAUUAGGAGAGUUCCUGCAUCCUUGUGAAGAUGACAUCGUGUGUAAAUGUACCACCGGAAAUAAAGUACCUUAUUUCAAUGCUCCAGUUUAUUUAGAAAACAUAGAACAAAUUGGAAAAGUGGGUGAAACAUUUGGAUGGCUUAGAGAUUUUUAUUUUUCAGUUAAAUUAUCAGAGAACAUGAAAGCAUCUUCCUUUAAAACACUACAGAAGUUUUAUAUAGACCCAUAUAAGCUGCUGCCGUGGCAGAGGUUUCUACCUCGACCUCCUGGUGGAAACGGGCCUCCAAGAGGCGGUGGCAGGGGAGGUGGUUUUAUUUUAUUUUAUUUUUUCAUUUAUUUUUAUUAAUUGGAGGCUAAUUACUUUACGAUAUUGUAGUGGUGGUGGUUUUAGAGGUGGAAGAGUAGGUGGUGGUUUCCGAGGAAGAGGACAUUAAGUGUUAACAGUUGACAGAAACUUCAGCAGUUGACUUCUGCAUUAACCUCAUAAUUUACUUCAGUGGAUCAGAAACUUGUUUCUUGAGCAAAUUUUGAAGAAAUGAAAGAACUUUUCACUUAAGAAAAGUGGAGCUAAAAUGUCAACGUCAUGCAAAAAUGAGUGCGGCAGAACAGGCAACUUUGCUUCAAAAGAGUAUGAAUAAGUGUUUUAACAUUUUGUACAAUGUUCGGAGCUUUGUGGGUGUCUAAUAAAGGGACAGCUUUUAUUUGGAGCAUAUUCGAAUUUUGUAAAUAAAGUGUUUUAUUUCUUUAAAAAA